AUGAAAGUGGAUGGUCUUGGUUGCGACUUCAUGGGUGGUAGAAAUGGGCAAGACAGCGCCGUAUCGUAUUUCCGCGAGCUAGCGUUCAACUUUCGCCCUUUGUGGUCUGCGAGCAAUUGUUUACCACCGACCCCAAAGGAUCAACCGUCGCCAAUAUCGCGAGAUCUGAGCAGAGAAGGGUCCACGACUCCACGAAACGUUGAGCUGGCUGGGUGUCCUGCGGUCGAGGUCGAAACUUCGGGUUCCCCCAUUCCAAACGAUCAACUCCCCAGAUACGGCUACACACCUCUUCGAUCCAAGGAACUCAUCCGAUUGAUCCAUUUCGUGCCGACAUUGGACGCAAAGAUAGUUCUGUCCCUCUCGGAGCACAUUCUCAAAGAUGCUCCGCCUUACCAAGCGCUCUCGUACACAUGGGGCGAUCCCUCAAACGUCCGGGAUAUCACCAUCCUUACACCAAUCACGACGUCAGCGUCGCACGAUGGAAGUGUCUCCCAGUCCUAUCCACUUCAUGACCGCCUAACCCGUUUCCGUUUCCAAGAUCGUGUUUCGAUACGGGCCCUUGGGUUGGAUACCUCGUCUCAGCAAGAGGUUUCUGCCGCCACUUUGUCCGUAACCUACAACUGUUAUUCGGCCCUUCGUCGCCUGGCAUAUCUCCCCGUUCACAGUGAUCGUGCGGUAUGGAUCGAUUCCAUCUGCAUCAACCAGGAUGAUAUCCAGGAGCGCAACAGCCAAGUUGCACUGAUGUCCCGGAUCUACUUGCGUUGUCUUCGUCUUGUCAUUGACGUAGGCGAUGAAUCUCCGACCAGCGACGCCGCCAUUGACUUCAUCGUACAGUAUCAUCGACAUCGCGAGGCCGGCAAGCUCGAUGAACAUGGUGUUUAUGAUAUGACGACGGGGCUGCAUAUCAGAGACAUAAUCAGCGAGUUCUACGCUCGUCCUUGGUUCUCACGCAUCUGGGUACUUCAAGAGGUUUACCAUGGGGCGCGAAGUUUGCGGGAUGAACGCUUCCCCGCCUUGCUCAACUGCGGUAGACGAUCGGUCGAGUGGUCGAAGUUCCGACCGCUGCACAUAAACGUUGAUUCUCGCCCAGCAGGAGAGACCGAGAAUUGGUAUAUUGAACUCCCCACAGUCGCUGCUCUGCCCCUCGUUCUUCGCAUCGUGCCCCGUGGCUGGGGAGGCUCCAUCUCCGUGGACGACAAGAAGUUGAGUUGGCCGCGAUACGUGGUUGAUGACCGAUAUACUCUCGAUCUAUUGUGCCUUGCGCGAAUUAAUAAGGCGACUGAUCCUCGGGACAAAGUGUUCGCUCUGUUGUCCCUGCAGGAGUUUCUUAGUAAGGACUUUCCGCUGAAGCCUGACUAUGGUAAAUCCAUAACAGAGGUAUACGUGGAAACCGCAGUGUGGUUGUUGCGGAGGGUAGCUGUUGCGGAACGAUGCGGGAAAAGUGUCUCGGUGUGCUCGAGGGACUCCCUUCAUGGGUGCCCGACUGGAGUGAGAGGUAUUUGGAACAAUGGAUGA